GAAGUGGUGCGGGUACCGUGGUAGCGACGAAGUCGCAAGCAGGGCUUCAUAUACCGAGCCACGUUAGUGGCGACGGUGAGCUCACGCUAGUGAACCCGAACGGAGUGGGCAGUAGCGCAAGCCUGGAGACUUGUCUCGAGGGUUGCGUGCGAGCGACGAAGUCGCGAGCAGGGCCUCAUAUACCGAGCCACGUUAGUGGCGAUGGUGAGCUCGCGCUAGUGAACCGAACGGAGUGGGGAUAAGUUUCAAAUCUGAUUGGUUAAUUCAAAUAGUACGCUUAAUGCCGAUUGGUUAAUUUAAAUUAUACAGUCGAUGGUGAUUGGAAGAUAAAUGUAUAUGUUUCUAAAUAUAGACACGUCUGAGUGUGUUAAGUAGAAGACGUUUGGGUACAUGACGUGACAGGUAGACUCGGGCGAGUCAAAGACAGCAACAGAAGACGUCGUAGAUGUGACGUCACAAACAAGUUCGGACAAGCCCGGAGGGAACAAUGGGAAUAACCCGUAAUGAAUAGAGAUGCUUCGGACAAGUUAAAACCCGCAACGUAAUAUAAUGGAUUGUUGUGGAUACGAGAGGACUGCGUAUAAAAGUCGGAGCGUUUGUUUUUUGAUGGUCAUUCGUCUGCCUGCCACUGAAGACAUCGAAUUCUCUGCAAGAUAACGCAAUUUUCUGCACGCAAAAUCAAACAAAUUUGCCCUCUAAAAGAGAUGGAUCCAGGACCAAUCGUACCUCCAUCUUCGCCAUCCAUUGGUUUAGAAAAUGGGCCGUUUGAGUGUGUGAAAAAGUUAACUCACACCCAGGUGAAAAGAGGCUGGCGCGAAGCUUACAGCGCAAGUGAGAAGAGACCGUAUUAUUACAACGUUUUCACCCGAGAGAGCCUGUGGGCCAUACCUACCGUCCAACCAGCUCAACAGGAGGAGAGUCAGGCGGACUCCGGGCCUGCACCGGACUUGCUGGCAGCUGCCAUGGCAGAGCUGUCCGGCAAACCACCCAUGAAACUCGCCGAACCCCCGUUCAUCAAGGGAAAACCCGGCAAGAAGAGAAAGUUCAGCCCGGACCCCGAGCAGGAAGAGAACGACAGGAACGCCGUUAGAUUCCACAUUGGAGAGUCUACGAAUCAGGACAUUGUCGAUCGACGGGCACGGGCAAGAAGACUCACCAAGCGAAUCUUGACUAAGCUCAUCACGGACGAGAUACUUCGGCUAGUCUACCGUGCGCAAGAACAACUUGGCUGUGAAGGAUGCGAGGAGGACUGGACAAGUCAAUGGGACCACGCAUGCCUCUUCUUCGGCGUGAAUCCUGAGAACCGCAUCGAUGAUUUCAUGGACGAGCACUUCGAUGAAGCAAUCCAGUCACUAGACACGGGCAGGGUUCUACCUAUGUUUCACGCAGUAGCUGCCCUUUUGGGCGCUAGUUCAUUCAGCGGCGAAGGGGUGGACUUGAACGCCGAGAUAAACCCGAUCAUUGCAGACAUUUUGACCGAAUGGAAGGCUGAUCAAUCAGAUAUUGGCACUUCGUUCUAUACGAUGCUUUUCGAUAACACCACUGAACUUGUUCAGUACACAAUCAAUCUCGUCGAGUAACAUUUGAAAUAAGCAAGAAAGGAGCACCGUUGUUAUAGUCUACUCCUGAACUAAUGUAGUUACUUAUUUUCAAAAGCUAAAAGUUAAUACUGGUUAUUAAUGGUGGUGGGUAAAGUUCCAAGUUUGAAUGAAACAAAAAAUGAAUAAAUAAAAUGAUUGAUGUAGGGCAAACAAAAUCAGAAAGUGUGUGGUGUAUUCAUUUGACGA